AUGUCGGGACACGUAUUGGGGAGAGUAUUUGAGAUCUUACUGGCCAUGGUAGAGAUCAGAUCUGGUGGUUUAAUAGUUCGAGCCAAGCUAAGAGAUGAGAGACAGAAGAUAGAUGCGGCUCAACAGCUGGCAGAUUUGGCUUUGGGAGAGCGGCAAACAAUUCCAAAUACGGUGAUCAAGGGUACCAUAGGCAACUUAAGUGAAUUUUCGUUGGAAGACAAUUGGUCUAUGUGGUUUGAGCGUUUCCAGCAGUACUGCGAGGUUAAUGAGGUCUCGAACAACAAACACGUGCCUUUGUUCCUAACACUAAUUGGGAAGGAGGCUUAUAAGCUCCUUCGUAAUUUGUGCUCACCUGUGCUACCUUUGUCUCUCCCCUUGCCCCAGCUAGAAAAGACUAUGAGGGAGCACCUCCAGCCUGCCCCGUGCAUCAUCAUGGAAUGGUAUAAAUUCAAAGAGUGCAGGCAGCAACAAGGGGAGGAUGUUAAGACUUACCUGGCGAAUCUCAAAAAACUGUCCAAGGAGUGUAAUUUCGGUGCAGGGUUAGAAGAUUACCUGCGCGAUCAGUUUGUCUGGGGUAUUGCGAGUGAGGCAAUUCAUAAGAGGCAACUGGGAGAAAAAGAUCUCUCAUAUCAAAAGGCAUAUGACAUCGCACAGUCCAUGGAGGCAGCAGGCCGUGACGCUGCACGAAUGCAGACGAAAACGGGAGCGGAUGCACUAAACUACAUUAAGGAUAAAAGGCGAGCGACCCAAGGGCAGAAGAAGGGACCAAGCGAGCAAGAGAAAUGUUUCUGCUGCCGAAGGGCUAACCAUCGCAGGUCGGAAUGUCGCUACAAGGACUAUAAAUGCAAACAAUGCAGUAAGGUGGGACACCUUCACGCGAUGUGCAAAAACAAGGACAAGGAUACCCCCAUUCCCGGAAAUCAAGGUAGGCAGCGUGUUAAAAAAGCAAGUGACGAGCGGCAAGAUUUCGUAGAAGAAGAAGACGGUGAAAUAGGUUCGUUAAGUGAAGUGUGGGACUCAGUUUUUUGCAUGCAUGAGGGAUACGCGUCUGUAAAUAAAAGUAGUGAGCCGUUGUAUGUGAGUGUGAGUGUUGAGGGCAAGCCGUUACGUUUCGAAAUGGAUACCGGCUCCACUAUUUCUGCAAUUUCCGAGAAAAUUUAUAACGAGCAUGUUUUCUUGCGUGAACUGUCGAUGGGUAGUACAAAGCGUAUUUUCAAAACAUACCACCAGCAAAGGCUGAUUCCUAUAGGUAUACUUAAUGUAAACGUUAAACGUUUUGAUAAAAUGGUGGAUCUCGAACUUUUUGUUAUGCCAGGUGACGCGAAAACACCUAUAAUGGGCCGCAAAUGGCUACGUGCGUUAGGAAUAAUAGGAAUUCAAGAUCCUUUUGAUCUCAAUAACAUUGAUAUUAAUUCUGUAAGGUUUAGUGAUAUUUUUUCAAAUGAGAUGGGCUUAUACAAGGGUGGGAAGUUUACAUUGCACGUCAAGCCGGAUACCAUUCCUAUAUUCUGUAAAGUGCGGUCUGUGCCUUUUGCGCUGCGUAGUAGGUUAGAGGACGAGAUUCAAAGGUUAGAGAAGGCUAAGAUUAUUGAACCGAUUAAGAGUAGUGAUUGGGCCACCCCGGUAGUGCCAGUACUUAAAUCUAGUGGACAAAUCCGUUUGUGCGGGGACUACAAAAUUUCCUUGAAUCCACAUUUGAUUGUAGAUAAAUAUCCGAUUCCUCCAUUUGAUUGUAGAUAA